AUACAUCAGAAAAUAUCUAUUCUAAAUGCAAAAUUAAAUGUUCUCUGUGGACUUUUAAACACAUGGAUCCUUCUGUGUUUAAGUCAAAGGUGAAAAAAACGUUUUUCUACUUCAUUUUACAGCUGACAAUGUAAAGCUGCUUGCAUUUAUAACAGUUUAAACAUAGUUAUUAUCUGUAGAAACCUAAAUAUAUUUGGAUUUACUUUGCUAAAUUCAUGACUUUAGUAUUCUGAGGUAAGUCUAUAUUUUCUCAUUUUAUCCUUAUAAUAUAAAACAGUUCAGAGGCAGAAAAUUCAAAGCCUUGAACUGCACUCCAUAGCCUCUCCAACAACUAUUAGCCUCCAAAAAGAAAUAAAAACUGGCUUUAACUUUAUUUAUUUCAUGUCAUUUGUUUUCAAAUGUUAAUAUAACUGACACAGGUCAGGGGCUUAGGAGUAUAAUUCAUUUUCCGACUAUUUUGUUUUGUAAAUGUUUGCAUUCAAGUGUAAAUGGACCAAAUUGUGUUGUCAAAUCCCGUAGAAAUUCUCUAGGUCAGAUAUAAUUUGUUUUGACAGAUAUUUCUGGGGCACUACAAUGAUCACUUUCACAGAUACCAGACAUUUAGUAACCUGCAGUAAAUAGACUAUACAAUCUGCCUGAAGGAUUCCUGGUUUAUUCAACAGGCUCAGGUGGCUGGAUGUGCCCAUUAUUUGUAGGACUAUAGCUGGUGAAGAACAGUCAGAAGAACUGUCUGUAUGUCUGUCUGCUAAUCCAGCCUUCACCAUUCCCUUGUAUGGAUUAGUUUCUUUUUAAAUUAGUACAGAGAAAUUAAAACCAGGCAAAAAUGUAUUUUAAAUUAGUUGUAGUAGACUUUCCUUUUUAUUUAUUUCAAUGUAGGUUACUUUAUUAAAGAGAAAUAUUGAUAACAUUUAUGCUAUAUGUUAGCUUUUUACUAAUUAGUAUUAUUCUGACAUUCUAGCCAGGUUAAUUUCCUUUGACAGUAAACAUAUGUGGGAAGGAAACAUGUUUUCUAAAAAAAAAAAAAAGAAAAGAAAAUCCAUAUUGCACUUUAAAAAAUGAUUUAUGCUUUUUUUCUGUAAUUAUUCUUUGAAGACCUACAGUAAUUUUUGGUUGUGUUUGCGUUUGCAGUCGCAUUGAACACACAAACACAGGUUUUAUUUUGAAGAGGAACCUUUAAGACGAGCCGUGUUUCUGACCGGACACAUUUAGACGCUGUACCAAACGGAGCUAGAACGUCCGAUAAAUUCACAUAAACUGAAGAAGCAUACGCCUUUUUAGCAGAUUUUGAUGGUGAUUUAUAACGUAAUUUAAUUUAAACUUUUCGGGUUGCUUUUUUUUUAAAGGAAAAUAUAAUUUAAUGAGACGUUUAUAAUCUUGUUUAUUUAUCAGAAAUUUGGUUGGUAAGAGGUCCUACUUUCAGUCGCUAUGCAUUUUAGAGGCGGAAGCUUGUAUUUCUGCUCAUCACAAAAGUCAUGAAGGACAUCUUUAGGAGAAUACACGGCGUGUUUCUGAAGGUCGUUCUGUUCCCGAGCUCGUUCAGCAGAUCGGCUCCGCGGCCGGCCGCCUCGGAGGUGUUGACCUGCCACCUGCUGCAGCGUAACCUUCCGCCAUGGACUAGUUUCUGUGUCCGCUACAGCGCCGUCCACAACGACCAGUUCGGACUGUCCAACUUCAACUGGAGGGUUCAGGGGUCCAACUAUCAAAUCCUACGAACAGGCUGCUUCCCUUUUGUGAAAUAUCACUGCACCAAAGCACCUGCACAGAACCUGGACUUUGAGGACAGGUUUUUCACCGCCUUAAAAGUUAUUAACCUGGGAAUCCCUUGUUUGGCCUACGGUAUCGGGUGCUGGAUGGUGAUAGGAGCCAGAGAAACCGUACAGACGAGCGUUGGACCCGUCACUGUAUAUUUUGCAUACAAGGAGGAGGAAGGUGCACAGUAUUGACAUCAAUGUGACCUCAGAGUUUAAAUCAAAUUAUUACAAACUUGAAUUAUUUCAGUCAUUUUUUGUGAUUGCUUUAAAUAACAUGCAUGUUUAUUAUCUCCCAAAGUGUUAAUAAAAUGAUUUGCAAAGA